UCGUCUCUUUAUGCGAGGGUUGAUUCUCCAGUUUCGGAUGCCUCUGGCUGGGAAGAAGCCCUAAUCUUCGAGUCAGGAGAGCAAAGUGAGAACAGUGAAAGCAGAAUCCUCUUUUUUUUAAAGAAGGCUUUGUCUCGUCCCUUCCCAUUCGGGAAAGAGCUCCUAUGCCAUCCUCAUCAAAAUCCAAUAGUCAGUCAAGAUCUCUUCUACCCUGGUAAACUCGUAUAUAAAGAUAAAGAAGAAGGCCAGUUGUACGGAACUUAUUAUUACAAAAAAGAAUCUCCUGCCUUACUUCAAGCUGCCAGGCGCAGGCAAAGUGUGAACCAAUUCCUAUAUUGCUUGGAACCGAGCGAGAAAACUACAAGCGCGCUAGCGCCUAAAGGUGGGCAGGCCUCCUUUCGAUCGAUUACCGGAGUCUUCUAUUCGAAUCCUCAACCCUUACCAACCUACUCGACCGUAUUCUACUCCCCUGUUGCUGCAUCAGCUGCCUACUCUGCUUUCCUACGCUUCUUUCUUUGUCUUUUCCGCCGGCUUCUAGGACCGUUGAUCUCAAUUACAUCGACCCUUGGUCUUGGUGUUGCAGCUGCGCCUUUGCAUUCUAUAUUGAAAGGAACCCCUUCUUUAUCGGUUUUCCUACGCUUCCAUAGGAGUUGUCUUCGGAAAGGGACAAGAGCCAGGGACAACCCAUACUAG